AUGUUUGGUCCUUACAGCCACACGGCCACACGGUGUGGGGGCAAUCCUACAGGGCGGGCGGCCCCUGACACGCUUCAUGCUCUAAUGUUGGCGGACUUGGGCCGCCAGCCUGUGCUCUCCUCAAUCACUGUUUCGGAGACUGGUCAGGUGCUGCCGCAAAGCGGCGGAGAUAUCAUCGUCUAUGUGGGGGUACCUGUCACGGUGGUGUUUACAGUGACGGACCCCGAUGCUGGUGAUGUAAUCACAGCCUCAAGCAGCACUUUGCCGUCUGGAGCCACCCUCAAAACCACACCCAGCAGCGGUGUUGCACCCGUAACAGUGACCUUCAGCUGGACCCCUAGUGCCACCUCCCCUGCCUCGGGUGUCGUAUCUAUCAGCUUCAUGGAUACAACCUAUUUGAGUACAGUCUCCUCCUUCAGCUUUGCAACCCUUUUCCCACCCCCCACCCCUCCAUCCCCCAUACCAUCACCUUUCGCGCCCAAGCGUCUGCGUUCGCCUCCUUCUCCUAGCCCCGCACCAAGUCCCGCACCAAGUCCCACACCAGCGACUGCGUUCUGGGACGCGACGCCACGCAGGCCCCGCACCGCCACCUACUGCCUCCUCAUCAGCAGCAACGCCUCACUAGUUAGCCCUAAUGCUGAGUGCGCGGGCAUGGAUACCGUACGCAGAGUGGACAUGGUUCACAAUAAGCACAUGUCCACAGACCGUGUCUAA